AGUACCCAUCAUUAAUUGAAAAAUGAACAUUCAAGGGGGAGUGUUAUGAAAUUAUUGAUUGUUCAUUUAUUCAAUUAAUCAGGCCUAAUUUCUAGAAUAGUAGAUUAAGACACUCAUUGAUGAGUAUCAAUUUAGUACAGUCCUUCCCACUUGUAUUUGUAAUCAUACUAAGCCUCUCCACUAUAAAUAGAGGCUUAAUCCCUGCAUUUAAUUGGGGACUAAAUUAGAGACUAAAUUAGUAAUAAUUAGAGACUUUUUAUGGAAUUACUCUAUAAUAUCAUAAAUGGAAACUCCUAAAAACAUAAAUUUCUUUCUCUAAUAUACUCAAGUCCAAACCUAAUGACCUUACUCGGCUUUCUUCUUCUCUUGUUUCGCAGAAUCUGUUCAAUGAGCCUCCAUUCACUUUUCUCAAUCAGAUUCCGUUCCAGCUCCAAGUACUACCGUCUACCGCCGACUUGCUCCUGUCUUAUAUGUUGACAUCGAUCUGAUGAACUCUACCCGGAGCUAUCAGAUUCUGCGAUAGGUUCCAUUGUUGUGAAGGCGACCUUUUUCUUAUGAGCUGUCAAGUCUUUCAAAUUUUAUUUUAUCUCUUACCCGUUUGCUGAGUUUUACAGGAUUGAUGUGAAAUGAGUUCUGAAAAUUGGAAAAAAUGAUAUGGUUUGGGACUUUUGGAAUCUGAAACAAAAUUGUUUGAAGGAGACAUAAAUGAAAUCAAUUCAUAGUCAUAACUAUUUGGCGAGUAGUUAAGAAAUUGAUAUAGUAUAUCGGUUAAAGACUAGUGAUUGCUUGGAAAACAACGAUAGUCUAUGCUUUCUUUUUAGUACGAAGUAUUGAACAAUGUGAAGUUCAAUAGUUAAUAGCAGGGGAAAAUUUUGUGGGCUUGAACCUGUAGGAAACAAAUUGUGCAGCAUGCCACUGCUGCUGCGUUGAAGACAGAGGUGCCACGGCUCCAGAUUUGAGAAGUGGUGGCCACAGUUCAUGGAGAUAGAGUCUUUCAGACGGAGAUAUUAACAUAAGAUUUUCUCAGGAUGAAGUAUGGUGCUGUUAGAAUCGCAAUCGGUGUAUGGAUGGAGAUAUCAAAAGCUCCAUAUGUGGAGAGUUUCCAUAUCUCAUUGUCUUCAUAUUUCAAAGUUGAAACCUUUUCUUAUUCAUUAAACACCAAUUUUAGAAAAACACUAACUUUAGAAACUUGAUAUCAGAGAUAUCAAAACUCAUACAAGUUUUGCUUACCAAGCAUGCCCUUAGGGUUUUCAUCUAUUAGGGUUUGCUAAAGUUUUAGGAGUUUCCCAAUGAUUUUUUUGAAAGGAUUGCAUUUGUUUCCAUCUCAAUGUUCUUCUUGGUUUCUUUAAUUGUUAGUCAUUAUUAAUAUUAAUUGUUAUUAUUGUUGUUGUUGUUGUUGUUGCUGCUGUUGUUGUUGUUUCCAACAUCUCCGAUGGAGCCAAAACUUCACUCUUUUUUGGCUUUGAGGUGUGAUGGAAUAAAGCAAAACAGAUCUUAAAAUGUCUGCACUUCUUUAAUUAAUGAAGUAGCAGGUAGUUACACAAUGCAACUUUCGAUGCUGAGCCGGGGGUAUCUUUGGAAACAGUCUUUCUACUUUCAAGUAGGGGGGCUGUACGAUGCUGCUUUUGUAAAAUUGACGGUUCCCAUUACAUUUUUUCAUUUAGAAGUCCUGUGAUUAGAAAUAAUUCAAAAUGGAAGACAUCACAAUGUCAGUCAGCAAAUCGACCCAAGAGCUAGCAAUGGAGGGACAGAAACAUCUAGAAGAAACAAUUGAAGCAGCAUAUCAAAUCCUUGCUUCAAUGAACGAUGAGCUCUGCAACCCUGCGUUAUGGUCUAUCACCACUUCUUGCAGUAACACUACAAAUUCCCCAAUUGUUGCUGCUAAUAGUAACAAUUCGCUUUCCCAAAACGGAGCCGGAAAUGGAGACUCUGUCUAUGAUGGAACAGGUCAUGGCAGUGUUCGUUCUGUUAAAGGAAAUGGAGCUCUUGAUGAAGCUCGAUUUCGGUAUAAAAGCUCCAUAGCUGCUCUUCGCGAGGUACUUGCUGCCAUUUCGAUUUCUCGCGAGGCAAAAGCAUUUGAAACCAGUUCAGGUUCUCCAGAAGAUGAAGCUGAUGUUGAGAAAUUGGAAGUGCAAGCUUCCAAUCUUAGAAAGGAACUUUUCAAGAAGAAUGGAUAUAUUAAACUUCUCAUUGAUCAAUUACGAGAUCUUAUCUCCGAUUUAUCUACUUGGCAAAGUCCUUGCUCUGUAUAAAGUCUGUGUAAAUAUCAUGACAUGAAAGUUGAGAUUACAUAUCGUAAUUUAUUUUACAAAGGCAAGUCCCGGCUGGUGAUCUAAUUAUGAUUUUUCUUAGAAGCUAAUCUCCAAUUUUGAAGUUAAUUUUAUAUUGUAGAAAGGUUGUGGUCAUUUUUGGAAUAGCUUCGGCUUUUAUGAGGGAAUUUUGCCAUGAUGUUGUACUUCAUGAUGUGUUGAGUCAUAUGGAUGAAGCCUUUGUCGAGAUAAUUCUUCUUUUAUGUGGGAAUUUAAUGGUUAUUCU